UUGAGUGUCAACAUGCAAGAUGGCCACGCAUCACAGGCAAAAUGCUGCUGGGCGGAGGAAAGUCCAGGUAUCUUAUGUCAUUAGAGAUGAGGUGGAGAAGUACAAUCGAAAUGGGGUGAACGCACUCCAGUUAGACCCAGCCCUGAACCGGCUCUUCACUGCAGGGAGGGACUCCAUCAUCCGGAUAUGGAGUGUCUACCAGCAUAAACAAGACCCAUACAUCGCGUCUAUGGAGCACCACACAGACUGGGUUAAUGACAUAGUUCUGUGCUGCAACGGGAAAACCUUGAUAUCUGCCUCAUCAGACACAACAGUCAAAGUAUGGAAUGCGCAUAAAGGAUUUUGUAUGUCGACGUUACGGACACACAAAGACUACGUCAAGGCGUUGGCUUACGCUAAGGACAAGGAGCUGGUGGCGUCGGCCGGCCUGGAUCGGCAGAUCUUUCUUUGGGACGUGAACACGCUCACAGCUCUGACCGCCUCCAACAACACUGUCACCACUUCGUCGUUGAGUGGGAACAAGGACUCGAUCUAUAGUCUGGCCAUGAACCAGAUGGGUACAGUUAUUGUUUCUGGAUCCACUGAGAAGGUCCUGAGAGUGUGGGAUCCUCGGACGUGUGCGAAACUGAUGAAGCUGAAGGGCCACACAGACAACGUGAAGUCGCUGCUGUUGAAUCGGGAUGGCACUCAGUGCCUGUCGGGCAGCUCGGACGGGACCAUCCGCCUGUGGUCACUCGGCCAGCAGAGGUGCAUCGCCACCUACCGGGUGCACGACGAGGGGGUGUGGGCCCUGCAGGUGAACGAGGCCUUCACCCACGUGUACUCUGGAGGCAGGGACAAAAAGAUCUACUGCACCGACCUGCGGAACCCGGACAUCCGCGUGCUCAUCUGUGAGGAGAAAGCCCCGGUGCUUAAGAUGGAACUGGACAGAUCUGCUGACCCACCUCCAGCUAUCUGGGUUUCCACCACCAAGUCAUCCGUUAAUAAAUGGUCUCUAAAGGGAAUGCACAACUUCAGGUCAUCGGGGGAGUACGACAACGACUGCAGCACGCCGCUAACUCCACUGUGUACGCAGCCAGAGCAGGUCAUCAAGGGAGGUGCCAGUAUUAUACAGUGCCACAUUCUGAAUGACAAGAGACACAUACUCACCAAAGACACCAACAACAAUGUGGCGUUUUGGGACGUUCUGAAGGCUUGCAAGGGAGAAGAUUUAGGGAAAGUGGAAUUCGACGAGGAGAUUAAAAAGCGCUUCAAGAUGGUCUACGUGCCAAACUGGUUCUCCGUCGACCUGAAAACUGGGAUGCUGACCAUCACUCUGGACGAGAGCGACUGCUUCGCUGCCUGGGUGUCGGCUAAGGACGCAGGGUUCUCCAGCUCGGACGGAUCCGACCCCAAACGUAGGCUGUCCCCGUUCAGUGUAAACCAGUGUCAGACCCCGAAGCCCCGCUGUCCGUCACACAGGCUCUCGCUGUCCCCCCCCCCCACAGUGAACUUGGGCGGACUGCUGCUCCAGGCGCUGCUGGAGUUCUGGCCCCGAACCCGCCUCAACCCCAUGGACGAGGAGGAGAACGAGGUGAACCACGUGAACGGAGAGCAAGAGAACAGGGUCCAGAAAGGAAACGGCUACUUCCAGGUGCCCCCCCACACACCCGUCAUCUUCGGAGAGGCGGGAGGAAGAACUCUUUUUAGGUUGUUAUGCAGAGAUUCAGGCGGUGAGACCGAGUCCAUGCUGCUGAAUGAGACGGUCCCCCAGUGGGUCAUCGACAUAACUGUAGAUAAAAACAUGCCCAAAUUCAACAAAAUCCCAUUCUACCUCCAGCCCCACUCGUCUUCUGGUGCGAAAACGCUUAAAAAGGACCGGCUCUCGGCCAGCGACAUGCUGCAGGUCCGGAAGGUGAUGGAGCACGUCUACGAGAAGAUCAUCAACCUGGACAACGAGUCGCAGACCACCAGCUCCUCGGCCAACGACAAGCCCGGCGAGCAGGAGAAGGAGGAGGACAUGGCCAUGCUGGCCGAGGAGAAGAUCGAGCUCAUGUGCCAGGACCAGGUUCUAGACCCCAACAUGGACCUGCGAACAGUUAAACAUUUUAUCUGGAAGAGCGGCGGGGACUUGACACUUCACUAUAGGCAGAAGUCCACGUGAAAGUCCUCAUUUCUACGAGCAGAACUCUUUCUCAUUUGCCAAUCACCACCCACCUCUGACAUAUAGUUCCCCUAACCCCCAUUGUGUGGUCAAGCGUCGCAGUAGGAGAAUCUGGUAAAUUUUCAAAGGGGGGGGGUGUGUGUGUGUCAUAGGGAAGUGACCUGAGCUGUCCGGUGCAGCCUACACACUCCUGAGGAGGGGGGGGGGGGGGUCCAUGAUGGUUCUAUAAAAGUUUGAGGGAUUGUUUGACUUUUAAUUUCAGCAAAUGUGUUUUGUUUUUGUUUGUUUUUUUCUCUUAAAUUUCUUCAGUUAUUCAUCCCCCUUUCCUUCCGAUUGGCUUAUUUUCCCCAUUUUUUUUUUUUUCCAAAGCGGCCGAAGUUGCGGUUCGUUGUUUGUGUCCGAACGCG